UUUUUUUCAGCUGACAUUGUGUUUAUUGUAAAAGACAAGCCUCACCCAAUAUUCAAGCGUGAUGAUGACAACCUCGUCUAUACUGCCACUGUUCCUCUUGGAAAGGUAAAUAAAGAUCAUGAAUUAAAGCAAUUACUGUGUUGACCACUCACUUUUUAACCCCCAAAUUUAUUUCCAGCUACAUAUACCACUCUCUCCCUAUUAAUUUUUGUUGAGAUUGCAAGUGCAAUGUUAGCUCAAAUAAUCCACUGGAAGUGGAGGGAAAUGAUUUUAAAGAAAAAAAGACUCAGUAUAAGCAAAUGAGGCCCAAACAGCUGGAGGUAGAGCUAUCUUGUUACUCUAGACAAGAAACUGUGUUAGUCUCUCUCUACCCAGUUGAACAUUAAAAUGUCUACCGGCAACAUGCUAAUACCCCUAGGUGUUUCUGAUACUGAAAAGCCCUCUUUCAAGUCCUCCCUGUAUUGUAUUUUAAGGGUUGCAGUUGCUGCCUGCAGUAUGUAAUGCUAGACAGUGCAAAGGGAGUUUUCUUUUCCAAAGAAACUAUGCAGUGACAUGGCUUAGAAUGCAACAUUCUAAAGUCAAAUCCAUCAACCAAUAUGGGACUUAAAUGGGGUGAAUAAUUUUUUAUUAUUAUUUCUGGUGAGCAGUUUAAUGCAAGUCAAUUAUUAUUGUUGUUGUACUAGGCACUCACUGGUUGUGUGGUAGAUGUACCAACACUUGAUGGCAGACUUAUCAGCAUUCCCAUCAAUGACAUUGUCAAGUAAGUCAGAACGCAUCCUAAUCUUGCUGUUCCUGUGGUACAAAGGCACAAAUUUUCGAGGUAUUGGGGUGCCUGCCGAUUAGCUGCCCCAACUCAUUUUCUCAGGGGCAUCUCGGCCAGGAAACUGGACUCCUUUUGACACGCUUUCGUUUCCGUAGGUGACGAACACGGAUCCGUAAUCAAUGAUUACCUCUAGUGCUUACAAUGUAGAUGUCCACAAACAACAUAAGAAAAUUAAGUUGAUAAACUGUGCCAAGUUAAAGUGGUCAGGAGGUUUACAGUGAGUCAGACUACAAAAAAUGAAAACUAGACCUUUUUGUGGAGCAUUGUGCAGUAGCAUAUGUAGGGGAGGGACCCAGGCCUCAACCUAAUUUAUGGGCUAAAGUGCAGCGGGGCUAAAAUACAGGUCACUUUUCCACACGUCAGAGUACAGGUCACCGUGAUACAGAUAAACAAACUGCAUUAAAAGUGUCUCCUAGCCCUAAUCUCCUAACAAAAUGCUCUAUUAGAUCAAGUGGAAUCUGUGUGGUUUGGUAAUUUAUCGAUGGAGCAGUGACCUGUACUCUUGACCUGUAGAAUGUGAUCUGUACUUUAGACCGGGCAGCUAAAGUGAUAAACACAGGGCUGAGAGAAAAUAAUAUUUUUUUAGUUUGGGCCCUUGCUCCUCUUCUCUCAGGGUUGGCAUGAAAGGGAUUUUCACCUUCUUAAAGAUCUAGAUCUGCCAUUGUUGUGUCAAGCAACAAGCUUUGAAAGAAAAUGUUGCAGCUUCAUAAGUUUGUCAGGAAAGACUAUUAUCAUACCAUUAAACUUUGAUAACUUCACAUUCCUUUUUCAGACCUGGAUAUCAAAAGAUAGUUCCUGGUGAAGGAAUGCCCAUCUCCAAAAAUCCUAAUACAAAAGGAGAUCUUAUAAUUCAGUUUAAUAUCGAGUUCCCAAACCAACUG